AUGGCCAUGAUGCUAGAUGACAGAGCCAAUGCAAAUGACGAGCGUGGUCGCGCCAUCGUGCAGACACUGGCGGUCGUUGUGGAAUCAAUGGUGCAUGCUAGCGAUCGUAUGCCAAUAGGCUACUACCACAAAACAAAGUUUGAGGCUUUUCGUGCACCAGGAAUCUCGGUGUCUGACUAUCUCGCGCGCAUUCAUAACGUUGUGCUAGCAGCCAAGUUUUUCGACGACCACUAUUUUAACAAUGCCUACUACGCUAAGCCUACACGUGAGUUGUGA